CGCGCUGCUCUGUUCCUGUGCUGAGUUCGGAGUGGCGCUAACGUUGGGCGCGGGAGGAUCUCUGAGGCGGUAAGAGAUUUCACUUCAGCCUUUAUGGUUGCUCCAACACAGCGUCCCGGAGCUUCACCUAGAAUAAUCCACUUCUACUGGUGUCCCUGCCUGUGUGGCCUGUAGAAGGAUGCAGACGAUAAAGUGCGUCGUGGUUGGCGACGGAGCAGUGGGGAAAACGUGCCUUCUCAUCUCGUACACCACCAAUGCCUUCCCCGAGGAGUACAUCCCCACCGUGUUCGACAACUACAGCGCCCAAAUGAGCGUUGACGGACGCACGGUGAGCUUGAACCUGUGGGACACGGCAGGCCAGGAGGAGUACGACCGUCUGCGCACACUUUCCUACCCUCAGACCAACGUCUUCAUCAUCUGCUUUUCCAUUGGCAGUCCGUCGUCGUACGCCAACGUCCGGCACAAGUGGUUUCCCGAGGUGUCGCACCACUGUCCCAGCGUGCCCGUACUGCUCGUGGGAACCAAGCGUGAUCUGCGCAACGACUCCGAGACCGUCAAGAAGUUAAAGGAGCAGAAUCUGGCGCCCACCACACAGCAGCAGGGCACGGCACUGGCGAAGCAGAUCAACGCCGUAAAGUAUUUGGAGUGCUCCGCUCUGCUACAAGAAGGCGUCAGGGAAGUUUUUGCCGAGGCUGUGCGUGCAGUUCUCUAUCCCGUCACCAAAAAGAAUUCCAAAAAAUGCGUUCUCUUGUAGUUUGCCCAAGAACACUGAUGGAAAUGGACUUAGAGAGUUUAGAGGACAGAUGAAUGAUCCUGGUGUUGAUAGCCAUUUCUUCUUCCUCACUCAUGUUUUUAAACCACUUUAGGUAUUUUUUUUUUUUUUUUUUUGGCUCCCUGAAAUUUUUUCCUCUACAGUCACCAAAGUAUGCACUCUUUACUAGAACUGAAGAAAUUUCCUUUUAAUUUCAAAACCACUUUCUCUUUUGGUCUCCUUGGAACUGAUACGAUUGUCAAGAUCGCUCGCACUUACCUCAUGGUUAAAAAUGGAAUCACAAGAUACAUGGCAAUAUUUUUUAGUAAUGAAUCAAAGCAAUACAAAAAAGAAGUUACUCGCCCAGUGGUGUAGGAUAAUGGCAUUGUUUACUCAAGCAUUGGGGAGAAGCAGCUGUUUUUCCUUUUUGUUCCUAGCAGGUUAACUCAAAUCCUCUCCUGACAAUGUGAGGAACUGUAGUAAAUAUUUAUACACAUGCAAAGAGCUUAACACCUGAGAAUGAAAAGCUUUCCUGCAAAACCUCUUUCAGAUAUUCCUUGUAUUUAACUAUUACCCAAAAUCUCAUUAUUCCUUUUUUCCUUUGUGUCUGUGAAAUGAGGUGUGAAUGAUGUGCCAUAUUGACAAGUAUAUGCCUUAUACAACCAUUUUUGGAUGGAACAAAAGCCUAUGACGUAAAACAUUGGCUACGUGACAGUACGUAACGAAUGGUGUCGGUGAUCCAGACGUGUCUUGUCUUGUACAAAUGGCUGUACUGUGAUCAGAUCCUAUUAUGCCUAAAGCUUAGACUUCCUUGUUGUCUUCCCUUACACAUAAGCAGUUUAGAUCUCCCAAAGUGCCUGACUCGUUUUUGGACUUGAUCGUGCCUUUUCUCGAAUUGAGUCGAGGAGAACCGACUCGAAAAAGUCAAUUGAUUCAGGAACUGACUCUUUGAGUCCCUUGAACAAGCGAGCACACAUAUCAGGGCUAUCUACAGAGAGACAGAACGAAGCCAUAAAAGUAAAUGGAGCAUUUGUCCUUUGUACUCGAAGGUUUAGUGCCAGGCGUUUGUGUGUAUGUGUGUGUGUGGGGCUGCUUUAUUCUUAAGUCUCAGUGAUUCAUUCUUAAUCACAAGAUUUCACAGCUUUUCACAGUGAGUCAGUGCUUAGCCCUGGCAGGUAUUGAUGUGAGCAUGUGUUUCUUUCCACAGACAUUAGUUCCAUACGCCAAAACCAUUUCACACACGCUAAAAUUGGGAGCAAAACGAAUUUUUCCCAAUGUUUUUCUCUCUCAGACAUACAAGACUUUAUUUUAAAAAUUUUUUUUUACGGAUUAAAAAUUUCGCAUUCAAUACAUAAGUGACGUUUUUCGGUUCACCUACACAUUUAAUGAUCUGCCUGUCAACAAAGCCGAGCACCUGGUGCUGUUUGUGCAAUGCUAGAUGUGUUCACGAAUACAAUACAAACUGCUCGGAUCAGUUUUACGCCUAGCACAGGAAAUAUGUACAAGUAGAAGAUUGUAGUGGUUCUGAUACUCGGAAAUACUUUGUGUGCUCUAUAAGGAGGUGCUUCAGCGAGACUGCUGUAACAAGACAGAAAUCGCUGAUUACUCAUUUGUACCUGGUAAAUAGUUCAGAUUAUUCGUUUCACUUUAAUAAUGUAUGUGCCUAUUCAAUUAAAUCAGCGGUUGACCCUAUUGGACAAAUUGCAUUACAAAAGCCUAUGCAUGAGUGAGGCUCCCUACUUUCCGUUUUGUAUGUUAGCAGCAGUUCUAAAUGCCAUGUGGUUGCAACUUUUUAUCACUUUUCAGCGCCUGCACAAGUAUUCGCCAUCUUGGUUUGUGGCUGAUGCAAAAACUGACAUCGCUGAACAGUAGUGUGGUUUCAAAAGUGAAGUGGUACUUAGAUUUUUUUUUUUUGUGUGCGUGCUCAAAAUGUUGCACAUUUCUGUAUGUAUCAAGGCUUAUUUGCAGUUAGUCAGGCUUCUCAAAUGUUAAUAGCUUUUAAUUUUCAUCUAUAUUUUUUUAUUUGAUUUCUUUUUUGCCUACAAUACUUAGCCAAAGAGUGCCUUUGGAUACAAAGAUAUCAGACUUUGAGCACAUUAAAAAAGCUAAACUGUUCUAUACAAAUUUUUUUAAGAGUCAUAACCAUACAUUUCAUAUUCACAUUUCUUAUCUUUAUGGAAAACAUGUAAUUCCACAACGAAUCCAUUGAACGGUUGGUUAUUCAUUUAUCAGUGCGUCCAAUGAAAAAAGUUCUCCGAAAACUGCGUAGGCAAGUGUAUGUUGGUGUCUAAUUAGUCAUUGCAGAAGGAUAAACGUGAGAAUGGAUUGCCAUCUGUUUAGUGUACUGUUCUUUUCAUUCCCUCCCUCUUUUUCCUUUCUCUCGCUGUAACGCUGUUGAAAUUGAGCAGACAGGGCCACACAGUGCGUCUCGUCUGCCUGCUUUGGUGUAUGGUACUGCAUUUAUACACUGGGAACUUGAUUUUUGAUUUUUUUUUUUUUUUUUUCGGUCAAAAUGGUCAUUUUUAUAACAGACAUUUGUAUAAAUGAACUAACAGUGUAAUGAUUUUAAAUUAUGCUAAAUAAAACUAUAAUUUACAUUUA